CUCUCUCUCUCUCUCUCCCUCCCUGCAUCUAACCAUCUCUAUUCCUGCAAAUUGUGAAACUCCGUUCUCACUGAUAUUAAAAACACCUACAAACAUUUAAAAACGCAAUAUAUGUACUUCAUACAAUACUACAAGAAUGUGGUGGGAACGGUGUCAUCGUGUGCGGACAUGUUAAUGUGCUCCCUGUUGGCUUUGGCUUUUUCUAGCGGAAAAAAUUGAUUUCUGUGAGCAAAAGAUUAGCAGAGGUCUCCCUUAGAGAAUCCUCUCUAACUGGAGUGGAUUACAUAGCUUCAUUUCCCACAGUAAGUCCUUUAAUUGUGAAAUUAUUCAAUUUCUUGGACUUGUAUCUUUGCCGUGCUAACUGUGGAACCGGUACAAGGGUCGGUCUGAUAACAUCCUAGGCUCAGGGCAGUGACACUGGCCACCAAAAACAAAACAAACAACAAGCAGCCUGUCUUGACCUUGGAUAAGACCUGGAUAUAGGAGGUGUCAGCUGACUGCUAUAUGUCAACAUUCAAAUCUCCAAGACUACCGUUAAAGCUUGACACAAUUUCUGCUCCACCACAUCUACGAACUACGUAAUGCAAAUGACGCCUAAGUCCUCAAAACACCCAAGAAGUUCGCCUGGAUCGUCAAGCCCGGAUUUUCAUUCCUGUGUAAAAGCUCCAAAGAUGUCUCUAACGGCUGCCUCGUCAGACUUGAAUACAUUGAAGAAAAGCAUUGAUAGAAUAUUUGAAGAAAUCAAAACAUUGAAAAACGAAAAUAUGGAGCUGAGGAAUGAAGUUGCCCGCCUAACUGAAGUAGAUAGAAGACGUGAUAGACAGGUGGAAGCUUUGGAUAAUUUUUGCCGAAGAAAUAAUUCAAUUUUUUACGGUAUAUCUUACAAAAGCGAUGACAACCUUGAAGAAAUUGUUGGCUCUUUUAUGGCAGAAGUUUUACAGCUGUCUAAAUCCUUUGAGAUUGCAGCUGUGAAACCUUUAAAUCGGAUAAAUGGGAAAUAUUUAAAUCUGCCCCAAGACUAAAAGGCACGAAAUGGAGAAUAUCAGCAGAUUUUUGCUAUAGCACUCGCAUUAAAAUAAGGAAACUUAUACAGCUACGAAGGAACGUUAAGCAAAUGAAACCGGACACUAUCUGCAUUCUGAGAAAAGACUCAUUACACAUAAAUGGUUGCCGUUUUCACUGGGACAAUAUUGUCGGUCUUACAUACCA